GAGGUGGAGCUGUACAAGGAGAGACAUCAGGAGAAGUUGGGUCUGACUGUGUGUUACCGCACUGACGAUGAGAACGAUACUGGCAUCUACAUCGGAGAGAUUAAUCCGAACGGUAUCGCGGCGAAGGAUGGUCGGAUACGGACGGGAGAUCGAAUCGUUCAGAUAAACGGAGUCGAGGUGCAGAAUAGGGAGGAGGCCGUCGCCAUCUUGACUCGGGAGGACAGUACCAACGUCUCCUUACUCCUAGCCAGGCCGGAGAUAGAGCUGGACGAGGGAUGGAUCGAAGAGAGGGGAGAGGCUAUGGAGAUUGCUAGUCGAGAAGAGGGCGAGGAACCGCUGCCGGGUCUCGGCAAUGCUGCACCAGUAAAGCACCUUCCCGUUGGAUGUAGUCCAAGGGCUACACAACUUCAGGUAUUGGGGUUGAACUUCUGUUCUCUUCACCUCUGGUCACACAUACACUGGACCAAGAAGGAAGUCGAUGAGGAAGAGGAGGAGGAGGAAGAGGAGGAGGACGAGGACGAGGACGACGAGGGGAAGGGCUCGGCCGACGCCGGCAACGUGCUGAGCAACAGCCAGGAGCUGGACAGCGGCGUGGGCCGGACGGACGAGAGCACCCGCAACGACGAGAGCUCGGAGCACGACAUCCUGGCGGACGAGCAGGCGAUCACCAUCACCAGCACCGCGGGCAGCGGCACGCCGGGCGGCGGGCGGAGGUCGCGGCCGGCCAAGGGCGACGGUCAGACCGGCCGCCGGCGUGGCGACCUACACCUCAGCACCGAGUCGCUGCCGGGCCUGACCGAGGAGGAGUGCCUUCGGUACCGGGAGCUGCUGGAGCUGCGAUGCCACCUGGAGAACGGCAACGCCGCCGCUCUCUGCUACCGGGCCGCCGGCCGGGCGCUGGACGUCAACCGCAACGAGGGGGUGGGCCGGCUGGCGGCCACGCUGCAGGAAGAGCUGGGGCACCUCGAGUUCAAGUGCCGCAACGUGCUGCGGGCGCAGAAGAUGCAGCAGUUACGGGAGCGAUGCAUGAAGGCGUGGCUGGCGGGCGAGGCCUCGCCCUUUGACGGCGGCGGGGGAGACCCGCUGCGGAGGGGCGGCCUGUGCGAUAUUACCGAGCUGCCCGAGCGCUCGGACCGCGACAGCACCAGCGCCUACAACACGGGCGAGAGCUGCCGCAGCACGCCGCUCUUAGCCGAGCCCGCCCUGCUGCCCCCAGCUGUCACCGCCGCUGCCCCGGACAGCCCGUGGCGCCGCCUCGGGGCCGGCACCAACCUCAACCUGGAGCCGCCGGCCGGCCUGGCAAGCCCCCCCCGCUUCCGGAGCCUGCCCCGGCACCAGGAGAGGUCGGGCAGGAAAGGCGCCAAGGCGACGGGCGAGGGCAGCCCCUACCUGUCUCGCUGCCGACAUCGCUCGCCGGUCACCGGCGACCGCUACCGCAGCUGCGUCCAGUUGACCGGGCCCGGGCCCGGGCCCGCCCCCGAGGCUCUGCUCCCUGCACCCCCGGCGGCGGGCGGCGCCCCCCGGCUCCCGUCCGAAGGCCGGAGCGAGUGGAGGGUGAAGGUGAGGAGCGACGGCUCCCGGUACGUGGCCAAGCGGCCGGUGCGGGACAAGCUACUGAAAGCCCGGGCGCUGAAGAUACGCGAGGAGCGCAGCGGAAUGACCACGGACGACGACGCCGUGAGCGAGAUGAAGAUGGGCCGCUACUGGAGCAAGGAGGAGCGCAAGCAGCACCUGGCCCGGGCCCGUGAGCAGCGGCGGCGCCGCGAGUUCAUGAUGCAGAGCCGGCUGGACUGCCUGCGGGAGCAGCAGGCCGGCGAGGCGGCCCGCGGCGACCUCAGCAUCCUCGCCCUGAGUCACAAGAAGACGAUGCGGCGCCGAAACCGCAGGAUCUUGGAUAACUGGAUGACCAUCCAGGAGAUGCUGGCCCAUGGCGCCCGGACCGCCGACGGAAAGCGAGUCUACAACCCGCUCCUCUCGGUCACCACCGUCUGAGUGGCGGUGAUAGAGAACCGGCGAGGGUUGUGGUUCGCACCGGGACCUAGGACUUUAGGGGGGGAGGGGUAGGUUGCGAUGUGGGCCGAACCCGGGACGCUGCCUCGCUGUCUAUCCAUCGGGGUUCACGGGGAAGGGAGUUCAGCUUCCCCUCAAUCGUGUCGUACAGGCGGGAGAUCUCUCACAGGCACCCACACCCUUACUCUCACUCAGGCCCGCUCUCGCUCAC